AUGAUGAGUAGAUCGAAGAGGCUAGUGGAAAUGGCAUUAAAGCAACAUGAAAAAGAGAAAACUGAGGAGAAAACGUCAGUAGAUGAAGAUUUGCCAAUUCCAUCCACUUCGCGUGUUUUGCCUUUACCUUGUUCUAGAGAAUCGUCACCUAUUCCUUCCUUCGGUUCGGAUCUGGAAAAUGCUUUCAGCUCAGAUGAUAGUGUUUUUGAUAAGGAUUACCAACCUCCAUCGGAUAAUUUGAGUGAUUUGGAAACAAGUGCUACAGAAAAUAUUAAUGAAUUACCACAGGAAAUAAUAUCAAACAAAGAAACUACUUCUCCGUCUAAACAGGCAACACCGAAGAAAAGGAAGGUAUCAGACCCUACUCUCUGGAAAAGAAGUGUUGAAAAAGCGAAUCGACUCAAGGGAAAAUCUUAUAAAACAACUACUGGUAAAAAUAUUCCUGCUAGACCUAUUAUAGCUCCUCGUUGCUUGAAUCUUCCUAAACACAAGUGUAAAGAUUUAAUUCCUGAAGAUGGCAGGUUACAAAUUUAUAAAACAUUUCACGGGUUAGAUACUUUAUACCAGCAACGUGAAUUUAUUGUAAAACAUGUGACUGUCAAUCUUCCAAAAAGAAAAACAACGAAUCAUGAGUCUCGAAGGAAAGCAACAAAGAGUUACUCUCUAACAUACAAAGGGGAGAAACAUAACGUCUGCAGGAAUUAUUUUUUAGAUACUCUAAAUAUUCCAGAAGCUACUAUUAGGGGUGCUUUAGCUAAGGUUAGUGAAACAGGCCAAAUGCUACCUGAUAUGAGAGGAAAGAAGGCACCACCACAAAAAACAGAUGAGAAUUCAGAGAAAUUUUUUAGGCAUCAUAUUCUUUCCUUUCCUUCUGUGGAAUUCCAUUACUGCCGUAAAAAAUCAGAAUAUAAAUAUCUUGAUUCUUCAUUAACAAUUAAAACUAUGUAUAAAUUAUAUAAACUGGAGUGUGAGAAAAUUUCUAGUAAGCCCGUGUGUUUUGAAAAGUACAGGAGGGUGUUUAGAGAAUACAAGUUAACAUUCCAUAAACCAAAAAAAGAUUUUUGUAAAACCUGUGAGGUUCAUAAAAAUACAGAGGGAAAUGAUGACCAAAACAAUAGUCAUGGUGAUUAUUUAAAACGCAAGGAAGCUGCACGUCAAUGCAGGGACGAGGAUAAAGAAACAGCAAGGCGUCAACGUCUGUUUUGGCGUUUAACUUUGACUUACAGAAAUUCUGAUGCUAUCUGUUACCUUUGGGAUGAAACUGAAGGAAAGCGGGGAAGUGUGGAAAUUUCUACUUGUAUUUACAAUUUUAUAAUGAAUAAACCAGAAAUAAGGCAUGUUCGAAUGAUGUCAGAUAAUUGUGCAGGGCAGCAAAAGAACGUAACUUUUUCUAUAAUGUGUCUCCAUUUAUUAAAAGUACACCCUGUUCUUGAGGUGAUAGAUCACAAGUUUUUCGAAUCUGGACACACCCAAAUGGAAUGCGACUCCAUUCACGGUAAGAUAGAGCAGAAAUCGAAAAAUAUUCCUAUAUACACCCCAGAAGGCUGGGCACAAGUGAUAAGAACAGCACGAUCAAAUCCAAGACCUUAUGACGUCACGUAUCUUUUACACGAUAAUUUCAUAGAUUUUAACCAAUCUAAAAAAUCUGUUUUCCAAGACGAGUCAGGUCAGAAACUUAAGUUUCGCAAUGCAGUGUGGCUGCAUUAUGAAAAAUCGGCUCCAGAGACAUUUUUUUUAAAAAAUAGUUACAACGAUACGUCAUACACUAAAUGUACUUUGAAGAAGCUACGAGGGCGUCCUGUAAUAAUAUCAGAGCCUGCAAAACUGUAUUCUUCUCGAAUUCCGAUUUCGAAUGCAAAAAAGAAAGACUUAAAAAAACUUUGUGAUGAAUUAGUGAUACCCAAAGUUAAUCACGAUUACUAUGAUAAUUUACCUACAAAUAAAUUGGCAAGAGACAACUUGCCAGAACCAGAUCAGCUGGAAAAGUCUGAUUAUUCUGAAUAA